AGAUGAUAGGGAGUCUGUCGAUAUCAGCAUUCCGGUCUACUCAUCGUCCGAGGUGAUUGAUAAAUUGCAAGCAAAUUUUAGUCGGGAAGCCAAUCGCCAAUAUCAAGCAAUGUAUUCGAGUGUUUUCGGUGGAAUUACCCUCGAUCCGGCUUUAAUGGUGAUCCCACUGGAUGAUCACAUGGUUCAUAGAGGGCAUGGUGUUUUUGACACAGCAAUGCUCUUUAAUGGGUACUUGUACGAUUUAGAUGCCCAUUUAGAUCGAUUCUUGGCUUCCGCGUCGAAAGCAAAAAUCUCUUCCCCUUUCACCAGCAGAACUCUCCGAAACAUACUUAUCCAGCUUGCAGCUGCAUCCAAGUGUAGAACAGGAUCACUCAGAUACUGGCUAAGUGCAGGCCCAGGAGACUUCUCUUUAUCACCUAAAAGAUGUUCACAACCCACAUUCUACGCAAUAGUAAUCAGCCAAACCUUCUCACAACACAAUGAAGGUGUGAGUAUCAUAACAUCCACAGUACCGAUAAAAUCUCCUUUAUUCGCAACAAUGAAGAGUGUGAACUAUCUCCCUAAUGUCCACUCCAAGAUGGAAGCAGAAGAGAGAGGGGCCUUCGCCUCUAUUUGGGUUGAUGAAAAAGGGUGCAUUGCUGAGGGCCCCAAUGCAAAUGUUGCAUUUAUAAGCAAGGAGAAAGAGCUCACACUUCCUUCACCUGAAAGAAUUCUUUUUGGGUGCACAGUUAAGAGAUUGAUAGUGUUGGCAAAUAAGCUGGUUGAGAGAGGUCUUUUGAGAAGUGUUGUAGUUAGAGAUGUAACAGUGGAGGAGGCCAAGGAUUCAGCUGAGAUGAUGUUUGUGAGCAGCUUGCUUCCUAUAUUGCCUAUCAUUGAAUGGGACAAUCAACCAAUUGGGGAUGGGAUGGUAGGUGAAAUAACACGUGCGAUCUCCGCUCUCUUCUGGGAGGACAUUGCUUCAGGACCGUCGACGCGAAGGAUCCGCAUUCCGUACAAGAAUUUGUAGCAUUAAGUGAUCGGAGUAAUAAGUACCCUCACGGCUAUUUGAGGUAGAAAUUGCGACUUAGAUCAUUCUUCCAGAAUGUUGAGACACCAUAAGUUGAAUAUCAAGUACUCUUAAGUGUGAUAAAGCUUAUAUGAUAAAGCUAAUCGUGGUUGCAAAGAGUAUAAAUGCAC